GCAGAGCAGCAGCAGUUGGACGGCGCCAGCCGUGCACCAGGCCAGCUCGAUGACACACUUCCGCGCGCGCGCGUUUGGCACGCGCGGCGGCGUGCGUGGAGGUGGUGUGGCACACGGCUGGCGCCGUCCAGGGCGGGGGCCGCCAUGAGCUCGCGGCCGCUGCUGGCGCUCCUGGCCGCCUGCCUGGUGCGCUGCCGGCGCGGCGGUGCCGUACCGCACCUCCAGGUCGACGAGUUCCACCGCCAGGGCUGGCUGCUGCACCGCGGGGCCCUCGACGGCGCCGAGGUGGCCGCGCUGGUGGAGCGGCUGCCCGCGCUGAUGCGGCGGCACGGGCGAGCCGCCUUCGGGGAGCGGGCGGGCGAGAAGGAGGUGCGCUUCACGUUCGCCGUGCACGAGCUCGACGCCGUCGUGGCCGCGUUCGUGGGCGCGCGCGCGGGGCGGCUGUGGAGCGCCGCCGCGCAGCUCGCGGGCACCGCGGAGCUCUGCGUGCUGAUGGACCGAGGCUUCUCGAAGGACCCCGGGGACCACGAGACCCAUUGGCACCGCGACGACGAGGCCGUCGGGCUGCCUGCCGCUGCGCCUGGUCUGCGCACGGUGCACGCCUGGAUCCCGCUGGCCGCCAUGGGCAAGGAGCAGGGCACCCUGAGGUACCUGCUGGGCACCCACCGGCGGGAGUACGGCUGGUGGGAGAGCCUCCUGGACGACGCCCUGGAGCUGGGGGACGCCGCCUGGCACGACGGCUGGGUGCUGCACUCCGCCGGCGCGAACUCGGUCCCUGGGGCUGUGCGAGACGGCCUCGCGGUCAGCUUCGCGUACUGCGGCGCGGGCCUCGGCAACUGCAGCGGGCUGGCCGCCAGGUCCGAGGAGGACCCGACCUGCCAGCUGGCGGCCGUGCUCUUCGACGAGGGGUGGCGGUCGCGGCACCGAAGUGGCGAGAACGACUACGCCAAGGUCCUGAUCCAGGAGCCCCUGGCCGUGCGGGCCGGGCGCUUCGUGUGGCGGUCUGUCUUCGGCGCCCUCGGUGGCGUGUUCAUCCACUGGCUCCUGGCGGCGUGCUGCUGCAAGUCCAGCGAGGCGGGGGCGCCGCCCGGUGGAGCAGAACGGGGCCUCCCGACGUCGGCGCUGCUCGGGGCGGGCGAGCGCAGGGAGCGCUCGAAGGUCGAGACCCUCACGUACCUCCAGAUCCUCACCGCCCCCGAGGAGGUGGCGCCGCAGAUAGCCCGCUACCGUGGCAGCCCCGAGCGGACCGUCGUCUUCUCCGAGCAGGGCCACGUGGGCGAGUGCGGCUUCGUCGCCGCCAUCCUCCUGGACGUGUUCGGACUGGACGAGGCCGGCGUCUUCCGGCUGGCGGGCGGGUGCGAGGCGUGGCGGCGCUGGUUGUCGGCCGCGGCGGAGGGCGGCCCCGCCUGCAGCGCCGCCGCCUUGGCGGCCUUCGCGGCGAAGGCCGUGACCACGGAAGUUCGGCGGCCAGUUCGUACGGAGCAGGCGGCGGCGGGGGACGGCAGCUUCGCGUUCACGUGCCCUCGCUGCUCUCUCGAAGGCCGCUGGGCGCCCAACGGAGCGGGAAGCGCGGUCAAGAGCCGCGGACCGCAGCCGCCGCUGGGCCGCUGGGGCUUGGCGAAGCCGCGGGCCACUCUCGACGCGCCCCCCGUGAAAGUCAGGAGGACGUAA